AUGCAGUCGGUUCGAGGCGCUACCCGAGCCGCUUCGCGCACAAUCCGACUCUCGGCAUGGCGGCAAGGCGACUUCCCCAUAAAGCCCGCAGGACCGCAUCGGAGUUUAUCGGCGCAAUGGAUGACUGCACGCCGAUUGCAUACGAUACCACCAAGAAUGGCCGCCGCGGAGUCGAGUGAGAAGGAUUCGUCGAAUCCAGCGAUGUCAUUCCCCUGUCUCGACGCUCAAGAAGCAAGGUCAGCGCAGCUUUCAGCUCGGUCGCUGCGAUCCGGCCCCGAACCCUCAUACACCACCGGUCAACACGAAUCAUACCACUGCGACCAACCACUACUUCUUGACUGGGGCGGCGUGCUUUCGGAGUUUGACAUUGCCUAUGAAACAUGGGGUGAACUGAACAACGACAAGAGCAAUGCCAUCCUCCUCCACACAGGCUUGUCUGCCUCAAGCCAUGCCCACAGCACAGCGUCCAACCCGAAACCCGGGUGGUGGGAGAAGUUCAUUGGCCCCGGAUUGCCGCUGGAUACCAAUAAAUACCACAUCAUUUGCACCAACGUUAUCGGAGGUUGCUACGGCAGCACAGGCCCGUCAUCCUUCGACCCCUCUGACGGAAAGCGGUAUGCAACCCGCUUCCCCAUCCUGACGCUGGAGGACAUGGUGCGUGCUCAGUUCCGCCUCCUCGACGGCCUCGGGAUCAAGAAACUUGCCGCCUCCGUCGGAUCCAGUAUGGGCGGCAUGCAGAGUCUCGCAGCAGGCGUCCUCUUCCCAGAGCGCAUCUCCAAGAUCGUCAGCAUCAGCGGCUGCGCCCGCAGUCACCCGUACAGCAUUGCUAUGCGGCACACACAGCGCCAGGUGCUGAUGAUGGAUCCAAACUGGGCGCGCGGAUUCUACUACGAUGCGAUCCCGCCUCAUUCAGGCAUGAAACUUGCGCGCGAGAUCGCAACAGUCACCUACCGCAGUGGGCCAGAGUGGGAGAUGCGAUUCGGUCGCCAGCGUGCAGACCCCAGCAAACAGCCUGCUCUGUGCCCUGACUUCCUCAUUGAGACAUACCUCGACCAUGCUGGCGAGAAGUUCUGUCUCGAAUACGACCCCAACAGUCUCCUUUAUGUCUCCAAGGCCAUGGAUUUGUUCGAUCUUGGCCAUGCUCACCAGACAGCAACUCUGAAGCGUCGCGCAGAAUCCACACAUCGCAUCGCGCACGGCGGUGCCGCGCCGAAUGCCUCGGAUCCUGCUUGCAGUCUGACUCUCCCGGAUAAGCCGUAUGAAGAGCAGCCUAGCUCGACUGCCAAUGUGGCUCCGCUGGACCAAUCAGUUGCUGCGGAUCAGAUGGAAGGUCCGCCGCGCGAUCUUGUCGCUGGUCUUGCGCCAUUGAAAGAUCACCCCGUACUUGUCAUGGGUGUUGCGAGCGAUAUCCUGUUCCCAGCGUGGCAGCAGCGGGAGAUUGCCGAGACACUCCGUGCUGGAGGUAACAAGAAGGUUGAACAUAUUGAGCUGGGUGAUGAUCUAUCGCUGUUUGGUCACGAUACUUUCUUGUUGGACCUCAAGAAUAUUGGGGGUGCCUUGGGUAAAUUUUUGCGCUAG